GAAGCCGGUCUGCCGGCGUGGCGCUGCGCCGGUGGUUGCGGGUGGUUGCUUGCCGGAUUAGUCCGCCCCCGAGGGAGAAUAGUUCGGAGUGCGCGUGACGGAUGCGGCGCAACGUGCUACCACUCCCGACCCCGCCAUGCCGCGCCCACGUGCCCUACGCCACCGCGAAAAUGGAAUCCAUCGUCGACAUGCUGUUCGACGGGCCCGUCGUGUUUCCGGAGUUCGGGAUCUACUACGCAGCCAACCCUGCGGUGACCCCUAGCGUCAACAACCCUGUCCUCAACCCCAAUGCGGACGUGUUCGAGAGCAAGUACCCGGAGCCGGUAGCCAAUGCCGCGCUCUCCUGGGACUCGUCGGACGGGCAGUUCUCUCCGCUGGAAGGUUACGUGUACAUGAAUGGGGACGUUGGCAAGCUCACCCCAGGGGCGGUGUAUGCCGCCACCCCUGACUCUCUCGCAAGUACAGAUUACAGCUUGCUGAAUGGCGUAGCAGAACCGCUGGAGCCAUACACGGACGUGGGCUCCCUUCCAGGGGGAAUGCCCUCUGACCCACAGACGCCUGGGACAGAUUCGGGCAUCCCCCUGGAUCAGCUGAAGCAAAUGUUGUCCUCGCAGCUAGAGUACUACUUCUCCAGGGAAAAUUUGGCCAACGAUGCAUACUUACUUUCUCAAAUGGACAAUGACCAAUAUGUACCAAUAUGGACAGUUGCCAAUUUUAACCAAGUGAAGAAACUAACUAAAGAUAUUAAGUUAAUAACUGAAGUAUUAAGAGAAUCGCCUAAUGUACAGGUAGACGAAGAUGGUCAAAAAGUUCGGCCAAAUCAUAAACGGUGCAUAGUGAUUCUGAGAGAGAUACCAGACAAUACGCCUAUCGAAGAAGUUAAGGCACUGUUUUCUGGUGAAGGCUGUCCAAAGUUAAUAUCCUGCGAAUUUGCGCACAAUAAUUCGUGGUAUGUCACAUUCGAGUCUGACGAAGAUGCUCAAAGAGCUUAUAGGUUCCUAAGAGAAGAAGUUCGGGAGUUUCAGGGUAAGCCGAUUAUGGCUCGCAUCAAAGCCAAGCCGAUGAACAGGUUACCGAUGGCGCAUAUCCCACCAGUCGGAGCCGUCAUGAAGAACGGCUUCCGGACGCCUCCUGCACAUGUGUAUGACCCUAACGCGUACCAAGGACAGCAGAGGUUUGUUUACACCAACGGCAGCUCAAUACCAGCAGGAGUGAACUACGGCAACCAGUUCCAAGUUUAUGCGUUUCAGCAGCAGCAGUUUUAUUCUCCGAUACAGACUUGGAACCCUUCCUUCUUCGAUAUCGGCAGUGUUUUCUCUGUGAAUGGACUGGCCCCGCAAGGGCCUUUCACGAAGCCUCCGGCGUCUUCUAGAUACAUACCUCGGAACAGGAACAAGAGAAGCCAGCCGAGUGUGCCCGACGCGGCAGCGGGCGCGGGGCGGCCGACCAGCUACCACGCGGGCGCCGGCGUCGCCGCGACGGUGGCGGUGCCCGCGAGCGCCGGGGCCAGGGUGCCCGCCCCGCCUGCAGCGCCCGAGCCCCUCCACAACCAUUCCAAGAGCCAGCCGGCGGCGGAGGGCGACGAGGAGGCGUGCCGGCCGGCGCGGGAGGGCGCGGCCGCCAAGGAGCCCGUGCCUCCGCGCUACCUCGCCCACCACUCGUCCCCCAGCCUGGUUCCCGGAGGGGUGUUCGGGCACCGUCGCCGCAGGAAAGAGGAGGAGGCGCCGGGCUCUCCGCGCAGCAGCCCCCAGCCGUCGCCCCGCGAGCAGGGCUCGGCCCAGUUCGACCUGGAGGCCGCCGCCUUCCCGCCGCUGCCCGGCCUCGACGGCAGCUGCUCCCCCGAGGAGGACCCCUCCGCCUCUCACUGGGAGAACAGGUUGUCGGAUGUUGUAAAGGGCACUGCUAAGUUGAAGACGCAGGGCACGGGCACGAAGGAAAAGAGCAGCGACGUGGCUUGCAGCCCGCCGCGAGCCGUCUCGCCCGCCUCCCCCGCCCCUCCCCUCGCAGAGGGGGGCAGGACCCUCGUGGGGGACGCGGGGAUGAACGGCGACGCGGGGGUUGGCUCGCUCGCGCUCACGCCCCCGUCUUCGCCGGACAAGACGGUUCCCGCCCCCAAGUCCAUGGCCGACAAAUCCACAAAGACUGACGACGUGCCGUUGGGCGGGGAGGAGGCGCCGGCCAGGCAGCGCCCGGCGGUGCAGGUGGCGCCGGCGCCGCCCCCGCCCCAGCCCGCCCCCGCCCGGCCCCCGCCCACCACCACCAACGCAGCGACCAUGACGUGUGCCGUGGUGGUGACGGAGGCGGCCCCCCCUCGCCCUGCGGCCCCCCUCGCCGCCCCCGCCGCCCCCUCCGCCGCCCCCGCGGUCGUGGCGGAGAGCUGCCAGCCGGUCGUCGCGGCCCAGGAGGCGCUGAGCUGCACCACGCGCCUCAGCUACGCCCAGGUGGCUCAGCACCACAAGGAGAAGGUGGAGCGCAUGCUGAAGGAGAAGCAGACCGCCGAGCUGCACGAGAAGGAGAAGGAGCGCAAGAAGGAGGCCAGCAUCAUCAGGAUAGCAGCUCAGCACAGCGACAGAGAACUGUCACAACGCGACUUCAGGGAGGGACCAAUCAGGUUCAUGGGCCGAGGCGGGCCCCGCCCCGUGUACGACAGAGACCGCACGGAUCGGGGCGGCCUCAGGCGGCGUGACGUCCCCGAGCGUGUGCCCCGCUUCAGGGAGUUCCUGCGUCCCCGCUCGCCGAAAUAACUGCCGACUGUCCCCGUCACAUCAGCGACGGUCGGUCCGGCGUGGCCGUGGAAGUCUUGCCUCGAGUUCUCGUACCAGUUUUGAAGAGGCGGGUGACGGAGGAGUUUGUUUCGGACCACCGCGCGGCUGGCGAACGGCCGAAGCGAGGGGUGCUCACGUUUGGGGGAAGUGAAAAACUGUUCGGUAGCAGGUCACUCGAUCGGAACGCAUGUCUGUAGGCGUGAUAGCUUCGGCACGUAAUUUCGGAAAAUAGUGCACCGGAAAACGUAGUGGUAAUUUGUAGUUGGUCGAAGGUGAGGAAUCGUGGUUUGCUUUUUCUUUUUUUCCUGUGCCCUCUUUGGUCGUUGUUUGUGGUGGAGAGAGUGAAGGGUGCGGAACGGUUGCGUGCGAGGAAACUCGGGGAGGGCGCGGACUCUGUCUGCGUGCCGCAACCGGCACCAAGUGCCUAACGAACUGACAAACAGUGCUUUAACGUUGCAGCUCAGCUUUUGGUUCUUCUUGUCGGGAGGUAGAAGACUUUUGUAUACUACAUGCAUAGCUACAUAUGUUUAAAAAAAGUAUUCAGGUAACAUUUAUAUAGCAAGUGUUCUGUGUGGCUCGUUAAUUCAAUACUUAAGCAGCCUAAUGAAAUGUUCAGUGAUAUAAAAAAAAUGCAAUUAUUGAAAUGUAACUCAUCCUGUAGUGCAGAAUUGCCGCUAACAUUUUUUUAUUACCAAGGAACAUUUGCAGCUGGAAAGGCUGUAGCUAAUGUCACUAUAUAUUUUGUUAUUGUGCUACGUGUACUCUGGAGAAGAAAAAUCUACAGUUUAUUGUGAAGUCAACUAGGACGUUUGGACGUGAUUUAAAAAAAGUGUGUUUUACAUGCAUAUGUACACUUGCUUGCAUGAUAUAUAUGCAUCAUUGCUUUGUUCUAAUGCUGUGGAUUUGGGGCGAGAAAGGUAUAGGGGUGGCGGAGUUAGUAAUGGUUUGUGGUUGUUACAUAUGCAUGUGUGUGAAAUAACUGUGAUAGCUCAUGGAUGACUAUGGAGAAAAAAAUAAAUAUAUACAUAUAUAUCAUUCACUCUUAGUACAGAACCCUUGCUGUCAAGUGCUUGUUGGGAUUAUUUCCAGACCAUAGUUAUAUUUUUAUUUCCGCUACCUUCAGUUCAAUCUCUGUAGUUUGUUUUACUUUAGUUUUAAUUAAGUUGAUGUGAAGUCUUAAAUGUUAUUUUUUUCUCUUUUUUGAAUGUUCGGUACUAAAAAAAAUUUGUUCUAAAUUUUUAAUGUUGCUUACUUUUCACGCUCCUCUUCAUUUCAUUUCAAGAGUGUGAAACAAAAAUGUACCAAUUAUGGUUUGUGACUGACACGAAAUCUUAGUCACUGGUCCGGUGCUCAUUAAAAUUAUCAUAGUGAAGACAAUUGUACAGUUAGUGUCUUAAAUAAUAAUGAUAAUAUGAAAUAUACAUUGUUUUAUUUGUAUAUGAAUGUGUAUGCAAGUGCAUUUUUGGCAUGUGAUCCUCAUCUUUAUUGUACAGGAUUAAACUAACAGAUUUAUUUUUGACAAGUUAUGUAUAGAUUGCAAGUUGGUUGGUGUGCAUACGCAUGUGUCUUUUGCCCGUCUUUUAAAAACUUGUUGGGACGAUUGGAUUGGGGGGGGGGGGCAGAUGUGCCGCCGUGUUGCUGUGAUCUGUCAGCAGAGGUGUUUGUAACAUAAUUAUUGGUGUAGGGGGUUGUAAUAAUUGUACAUUUUACUAUUGGAGCUGUGUUGCUGCGCGAGAACGCGGGGAAAGGUUAGUUUCCUGAUCAGGGCGGACUGUCGCCACGCUAUGCGGUGCAUGUCGUGCGUGCUGCUGGUUUGAAAGUUUGUGUGAAGCGUGCGCUGGUGGCUUUGCCCCGCCUGUCGGUGGCGAGCGUGUGCAAGCGUUGUUUGUUCUUUUGUUCCACUCGUGCUGCAGUAUGAGAGAUAUUUAUUUAUUUUUUCCGUAUCUAAAAAAUAAACAAUUUUUUUUUGUAUGCAGUGUGAUCAAUUUAGCUUGGUACAAAAAGUGAAAAGUAAAUGAAAAAAAUCAAGUGCAAAUUUUGUAGUGUAGAAUUUUUAAUUGUACUUGAACAUUAAUAAACUCUUAACAAGUGAAUUUUUCGUUUUGUGUUGCAAGGGUUUCUGCUCACCAAAAAUUGUGCGUAUAUUGAAGGUUUCUUUAAGCUUAUGUUUCGUUUCGAAAUAGUCACUGCAGGAAUGAAUGGUGUAUCGAGCCUAACCACACAUUCUGCAAGUUAAAUUAGUGUAUAGCAAAAAUAUGAUUUUAGUUUCUAGUAUUGUUGUCCGGUAAAUUUUUUCUCCCCGUUAAAAUUUCUUGGUAGUUUCCAAACCUAUACAGUUUUAAUGUGCGAUACCUUUUUCGUUGGAUUUUUUUUGUAGUGCACACACUAUUUUUUUGGUGUAUGUAUUUAUUGAGCUGUUAUUACUUGCAAAUAUUUCAAAUGUUUUGAAUAAAUGUUUUCACUGAUGUGUUCCAACUACAGGCUUUUUUUUAUAUAUGCCUUUGUAACCUGACGUCGGCUGCAGUUCUCACGUUGUGUGCAUUAUUAAUUAUGCCUAUGAUUAGAAUGUGGUUUUACUUGGUGUUUUACAAUAAUACGCAGUUUGGUUUAAUAUGAUUGACUACAUAUUUUUUUUUUUUUUGUAAAAUUAUCUAGCAUUGAGCUGUGCUUCCAUUAGAUUAAGAGCUACUGAUUGUGAUGUUGGUUUGAUUUCAACUGAGUUUUCAAAGUGCUCUGCAUAAUUAUAUAUUUUGACCCUGUUGUGACUUAAUUGUAGAUGCUUGUAUUAAAAGAAUAAAGAUUAGUGUAAAUUAAAAUGUACAUACUAGAAGUUUGCAGUACGGUUAUAAUUUUGUUGUAUUUCUGUUCUGAACAAUUGUAAAUCUGUGAUUUGUUAUUUUUACAUUUUAUGGAAGCAUUGCUACUGGAAGAUUGUCUGGAAUUGAUGAAGUUGUAUAGAACAGUGAAUGUGGUAUGUUCAAUAAAGUUAGUUACGUUGUUUAUUAUUUUA